GCAGUCUAACUUGAUGGAAAAUAUCAUUUCAUGGAAAGCUGACAUCAUAGACACGCUCAAAAAAUUCGAGGGACUUCGUUUGGAAGGUGGUGUUACAUCGGGAAGACUUGAAGUGUUACAUAAUGGGCAAUGGGGCACUGUGUGUGACGAUUCGUUCGAUACGAAUGACGCUAAGGUUGCGUGUAGACAUUUAGGUUUUGGGUCUGAGGGGGCAACUGUCUUGCAAUCUUCUGAUAUACCUGAUGGUAGCGGUCCCAUAUGGUUAGAUGAUGUGGGUUGUACUGGAACUGAGAGAAAAUUGUUUGAAUGUAGACACAGAGGUUGGGGAGUUGAGAACUGCAACCAUAAUAAAGAUGUUGGUGUUGGUUGCAAUGGAGGACUUCGCUUGGUUGGUGGUCUUACAUCGGGAAGACUUGAAGUGUUACAUAAUGGGCAAUGGGGCACUGUGUGUGACGAUUCGUUCGAUACGAAUGACGCUAAGGUUGCGUGUAGACAUUUAGGUUUUGGGUCUGAGGGGGCAACUGUUAUAGCAAGAUCUAAUGUUACUGAUGGUAGCGGUCCCAUAUGGUUAGAUAAUGUGGAUUGUACCGGAACUGAGAAAACAUUGUUUGAAUGUAGACAC